AUGUCCACGGCUAUGCUGUCUUCGGCAGUACGUCUGCCAACACCACCACCUGGCGGAUCCUACUCACCUCGCCCGUCAAACCCGAGGAAAAGAUCACCUCCUUCGCGUUCGCCCUCCCCUAAGCGCAGAAGAUCACCACCUGCCACAGAUGGCCGUAACGGAGCAAGGAAUCUGGACGCGAACAGAGAGCCAGAUGAGAGGGAGCGUAUGCUACAAGAACGAUUUCGCGCAAGAGAGAAGGAAGACGCAAGGCGGAAACCCAUGACCGAAGAGGAGAAGCAAGCUGCUGCAAAGGCCGAGUACGAAAAGUUGUUAAAUAUGCGCUCUGGUGGUACCUAUAUUCCUCCUGCUCGGUUGCGCGCGCUGCAAUCCCAAAUCACCGACAAGACUAGUAAAGAGUACCAGCGUAUGGCCUGGGAGGCUUUGAAAAAGUCUAUCAAUGGUCUGAUCAACAAAGUCAACGUGUCGAAUAUCAAGCAUAUUGUGCCCGAACUAUUUGGUGAGAAUUUGGUCCGGGGUCGUGGCUUGUUUUGCAGAAGUAUCAUGAAAGCACAGGCAGCAUCUCUGCCUUUUACGUCCAUCUAUGCUGCCAUGGUUGCUAUCGUCAAUACCAAGCUACCACAAGUCGGUGAACUGCUACUCAACAGGCUAGUCAUGCAGUUCCGAAAAGCGUUCCGCCGGAACGACAAGGCUGUUUGUCUAUCUUCUACCACAUUCUUGGCCCACCUCUGCAACCAACAGGUCGCCCAUGCAAGUAUCAUCGCUCAAAUACUCCUCCUCCUAUUACACAAGCCUACUGAUGACUCAGUUGAGAUUUCUGUUGGUCUGACCAGAGAGGUUGGCCAAUUUUUGGAGGAGAUGGAGCAGCCGAUCGCUUUGGCUGUUUUUGACCAAUUUCGCAGCAUUCUACACGAAGCCGACAUUGACAAGCGAACGCAGUACAUGAUCGAGGUUUUGUUUCAGGUACGGAAAGACAAAUACAAGGACAAUCCCUCCAUUCGAGAAGAACUAGAUUUGGUCGAGGAAGAGGAUCAGAUCACACACAGACUCGACAUCGAUGCUGAGAUCAGUGUCGAGGAUGGUCUCAACAUCUUCAAAUUCGAUCCAGAGUAUGAGCAGCACGAAGACGCCUACAAGAAACUAAAAGCUGAAAUACUUGGUGAGGGAAGUGACGAGGAGUAUGAGAGCGGCUCUGAGGAUGACAGCUCUGAUGAUGAGGAGGCAGAGAAGGAUCGUGCUGUGGAGAUCAAGGAUCAGACCAAUACUGACCUCGUCAAUCUACGCCGAACCAUCUAUCUCACAAUCAUGUCCAGCUUAGACUUUGAAGAAGCAUCUCACAAGUUAAUGAAGGUUCAGCUGCCACAAGGUCUGGAGCACGAGCUGCCAUCCAUGAUCAUCGAGUGCUGCUCUCAGGAGAAGACGUACUCGAAGUUCUUUGGUCUUGUUGGUGAACGAUUUGCCAAGCUCAAUCGUAUGUGGACCGAUCUCUUCGAACAAGCUUUCGCCAAGUACUACGACACUAUUCAUCGGUAUGAGACAAACAAAUUGCGAAAUAUAGCACGCUUCUUUGGCCACCUUCUGGCCUCAGAUGCUAUCGGCUGGCACGUCUUCUCUGUUGUCCACUUGAACGAGGACGAAACAACCUCAAGCAGUCGUAUCUUUAUCAAGAUCUUAUUCCAGGAUCUAGCAGAAGCUAUGGGCAUACCUUCACUUCACAAGCGCAUGAAGGACGACAUUCUGCGACCAAGCUAUGCUGACCUCUUCCCUAUGGAUCCAACCAAUCCUCGGAACACAAGAUUCUCCAUCAACUAUUUCACCAGUAUUGGUAUGGGUGCAUUGACAGAAGAAAUGCGAGAACAUCUCAAGAACUUGCCAAAACCUGCCCCACCACCUGUGUUGCCAGAGGCAAAUAGAUCUCGUUCGGAAAGUGUUUCCAGCUACUCUAGCUACUCCAGUUAUUCGAGCUACUCGAGCAGAUCUGGUUCCCGUUCGCGAAGCCCACCAAGACGGAGCAUCGAAAAUGGACAAGGCCGUGGCAGGAACUCGGCACGUAGUGCUUCGCGAUCUCGUUCACCACCACGACGUGCAGCACGAGACAGAGGCUUCAGCACAUCACUUUCGAGAUCACCCUCACGAAGGAGGUCACCACCUAAACGAAGUGCUAGGCACCGAUCACCAACACGUUCUGUGUCACCGCCACCAAAGCGUGGUCGUCAGCCUUUGUCUAAGCGAAGAAAUCGCAGUCCGACAAGGUCAAUCUCACAGUCUUCGAUUUCACGUUCUCGUUCUCCACCAAAGCGCUCAGCUCCUCUACGUCGUAAAGCAGAUACAGGGGCACGCGAACGAUCCAGAUCCCCUCCACCUAAAUCUCGCUCGACCAAAGACUCUUAUAGACCAACAGAUGUUCAGCGGAGAUCUUUAUCACGAUCACCCUCUCGCUCAAUAUCUCCUCCUGGUCGUAAGACCACAAAACGCUCACUAUCUCGCUCAAUUACGCCGGCUAAUGGUCAAGGCCGUGUUCGACCUCGCGUAAGAGGUAGAAGUUACUCAAGCUCUCGCUCGCCUUCACGAAGCGUGACUCCUCCACGUUCUCUCCCGAAGCGAACUGCUCGUCCUGCCCGCCGUAACUCGAGCUCUGUUUCGGAUCGAGCCAGAAGCCGGAGCCUUUCACCUUCACCGUCGAGAUCACGCCCAGCUGAAGCGACGAAGUCGCAAAGACAGAAGACAGGGAGAUAUGAGCGUUCACUAAGCCACGACAGGAAGAGAACAAGAAGGAGUUCCAGCUACGAGGCUCGUGGUCUGAAGGAGCAGGGUGCAAAGUUGGAGGCCGCGAGCGGAAGGCGUGCCAAGGCUAGUGAUUUUUUGUGA